AUGUAAUAUUUUGAGGUUGAAGUUUUUUCUACGAAAGAUUGAAACAAAACAUCUUGCAAGCAGUUGCAAACUCGCAAGCAGAUUCACAGGAGUGACAGCGGUAGCCUCUUGAAUUGAAAUCUCAGAGGCAAUCGGAGUAUAUUCUCGCCCCUUUCGGAUGGCUCGCUUGUCUUCAAACCCCAUUAGUCUUCAUGGAUUCCGACCAUGCCUGCAAAUUCCUCGACCUCCACAAAUCAUCGGAUAUCCUCGCUACCCUCGCCGCAGGACUCCCAAAUUUCAGACCUUUGCUUGCCAAACAACUCCUAACCUGGACGAGCCCUCCACAACGGAAAGAUCGGUCAACGAGGCUAUUGCCGUCAAUGAUCAGACAAACAAGGUUUCAGGCUCCCCUAUUAGUUCUCCUGGUCUCCCUGAAUUCCCAAGCAAAGAUAUCAAUAAGAAAAUUGCAGCAGUUUCCACUUUAGCUGCUCUGGGACUUUUCUUAUCCUCAAGAUUGGAUUUUGGUGUUUCUUUGAAGGAUCUCUCUGCUGUUGCAUUACCUUACGAAGAGGCUCUUUUGAAUGGGAAGCCCACUGUGGUGGAAUUUUAUGCAGAUUGGUGUGAAGUAUGUAGGGAAUUAGCUCCUGACGUGUAUAAAGUAGAGCAGCAGUACAAGGAUCGAGUGAAUUUUGUAAUGUUGAAUGUGGAUAAUACGAAGUGGGAGCAAGAGCUGGACGAAUUUGGUGUUGAGGGCAUUCCACACUUUGCAUUCCUGGAUAAGGAUGGGAAUGAGGAGGGCAAUGUAGUAGGCAGGUUUCCAAGGCAGUUCCUGCUUGAGAAUGUGGAUGCCCUUGCCCAUGGAGAUGCAUCGGUACCUCAUGCUCGUGUUGUAGGACAAUAUUCAAGCACGGAAUCGAGGAAGGUGCACCAAGUUGUUGAUCCCAGAAGUCAUGGUUAGAUGACAAAGGUAUCAUCUCUUCAGAACAAUUCAUUCAAUUUGUCAGUGAGAAACAUUUGAAGAGGCAACUCGUUGCUCUUGUAUACUCUUUCCAAAAAUCUUGUAAUUUGAACAAUGUUGUGUAAGUCUCAUGUAAAUUCAAAAAGUAGAUUAUCAACCACUA